AAUGCGUGAUGAAGGGAAAAGAAUGAGAGAAAAAGAGGAAUUCUGGAAGUUCACUUUUUUAUCCUGAAGAGUUUCUGUUUUUAGAUCCUGGCAAAAGAAAGGAAAAAAACCAAAGUUAAUUGGAGAAAAUGAGUCUUUCCCCAAAGGAGAUAGAAGAUGGGGAAGAUGGGAUGUCAGAAGAUAAAGACAAUGGCAGUAGAGACGAGAUUGUCAUCCCUCCGAAGAAGGGCAGGAAGGUUGCCACUCCCCCAGAAAAGAAGGUAGAGAGGAAAAAGUCUCUGGCUCCCACGUUUGCUGAGAAAUUAGUGUCACCAAGCAGGAAGAGAGCCACAUGGGCCAAGCGUGCAAAGGACAGGUGUGCCACACCAGAGGACCGUGAGAGCAGACGGGAGAGCUAUGAGGAGGAGGAAGAUCAGGACGAGCCUGUCAGAAAAACAGCUGAUAAACGGAAGAAAGAAAUGGCCAACCAGAAAGCUUCCCCAGAAACCAAAAAACAGAAAUUAGAAGAUCGAGAUGCCAGGACACUUUUGAUCAAGAACCUGCCUGAUAAAGUCACUCAGCAUGCAUUAAAAGAAGUAUUUGAGGAUGCUUUUCAAGUCAGAUUAGUGAGCAAGGCUGGGAUGAGUAAAAGGUAUGUUUUGUACCUCGUACUGAAAAAGAAUAUAUGUCUGCUGGACUCAAGCAUAAUGGAAUUUCGUUACAUUCUCCUGAAUCACUUAUGCCUGAUUUUAGAGAAAUAAGUUGUUAUACAACAUUUCUACCAGCAGGCAUAUAAAAAGCUGAAGGAGGCACUGCAGGUGGACUGCCAAAGGCUUCAGAAAGCUUUAGUGGUGUCAUAGAGAGAUGAAAACUUACUCUGCUGUCAAGUAUAAGAUUGCAGAUUGGAAGAAUUCAGUCAUAGAUUAUCUCUUUUCCUCCCUCUCCUGGGCUGACUCGAAUAAAAACAACACAUAUACUUGGAGAGGUACCAAAGAAUAACAGUGGAUUAGAUUGUUAGGAUCGUGUUGUAACUAAUUAAUGAAACACUGUCAGUAUGUAU